GACUGGGACCCCGCGAGGGGCGGCCACUGGGCCAGCUGCUGCCCCGAGAUGGACCUCUUCGAGGCGAACACGAUGAGCAUGGCGUUCACGGCGCACCCGUGCUCCGCGGUGGGACCCCAGCGAGUCGCCGGCGCGGAUGCUGGCGACGAAGCCACCGGCGACCAUUACAUGGGCGUGUGCGACAAGGACGGGUGCGAUUUCAACCCGUACCGGCUGGGCAACAAGGACUUCUUCGGGCCGGGCGGGUCCGGCGUCGACUCCAAGGCACCCUUCACAGUGGUGACUCAGUUCCUCACCUCCGACGAGACCGACGCGGGGGAGCUGGUGGAGAUCCGGCAGUUCUACGUGCAGGGUGGCAGGGUCAUCGAGAGUCCCAAGCCGAAGGGCCUCGAAGGGGUUCACGGCAACUCCCUGACACCGUCGUUCUGCGAUGCCGAGAAGGAGGCGUUCAAGGCGUGCCGCAAACCCGGGCAAGACAAGGGGCCCUUCAACAAGUUCAGGGACGCGGGUGGCCUCCGAGCCAUGGGCGAGGCGCUCGCCCGUGGGAUGGUGCUCGUCUUCUCCCUGUGGGACGACCCCGCGACCGCCAUGCGGUGGCUGGACUCUGCCGCCGAGGACCUGCCUGACGACGUGCCCGGCGUGCUCCGCGGCCCCUGCUCGAGGAGCGAGGGCGACGCGGCGGUGGUGGAGGAGACCGCUGCCGGCGCCUCAGCCAGGUUCUCCAACAUCAGGUACGGCGCCCUCGGAGCGACCACCCCGGGCGUGGAGACGAGCUCGCGGAGCCCCCCGGAGGAGGCGGCGCCGCCGGGCGCCGGCGCCGAGGGCGCCGGCGAGGCGGUGGGCGGGGACGCCGCGACCCCCGAGCUACCGCCCCACGACUGCGGCGUCGGCGACCGCGCCGCGUGGCCCCCGGAGAAGCAGGAGUGGUGCUGCGCGAACGCGCAGAUCUGCCCCGAGGAACUGCCGCCGCCGCCGCCGGACCAGCCCCACGACUGCGGCCACGGCGACCGCUUCAUGUGGCCCCGGAGGAAGAAGGAGUGGUGCUGCGCGACCUCGCAGAUCGCCUGCCCUGACGAGGUGCCGCUCCACGACUGCGGCCACGGCGACCGCUUCAAGUGGCGCCGGGAGAAGAAGGAGUGGUGCUGCGCGACCUCACAGAUCGCCUGCCCCGAGGAGGUGCCGCUCCACGACUGCGGCCACGGCGACCGCUCCAAGUGGGCCCGGGAGAAGCAGGAGUGGUGCUGCGCGACCUCGCAGAUCGCCUGCCCCGAGGAGCUGGCCCCGCAACCGCCAGUGCGGCUGGCCGCCGACGUGGCGGCCAACCCUGGCAGUCGAGCAGCCGCGCCCCUGGCGGGCGGCGGCGCCAGCGCGCCCUCCGGAACGGCCGGCGCGCUGGCCGCCGUGUUGGCGGCCGCCGUGGCCGCCUCGGCGGCGGCCGCCGCUGCGCUACGAGCGCGCCGCCCCUGGGCGGCAGGCCCGGUGCCAGCGGACGCCCUGCUGCUGCGGACGCCGCAGGAUGGCGAGCGCUCGCCGGAGGAGGGCGGCGAGGAGGCGCUGGGGACGGCCUCCGAGUGA